CUCGCCGCCUGCUCCUCUGCCCCCGCGGCCACGCGAGGAUCCCGGGGGAGGCAAGAUGGAAGAAAUCCUGCGAAAGCUGCAGAAGGAGGCGUCGGGGAGCAAGCACAGGGCCAUCAAGGAGAGCUGCACCUCGGCCAUCGAAACCUUGGAUUCUCCUGAUGCUGCUAUCAAGAUACCUCCGUAUCAGCUAAGGGAGAAGUGUCUCCUUCCUCUCCAAUUGGCUCUGGAAUCGAAGAGCAUGAAGCUGGCCCAACAGGCUCUAGCAGGGAUGCAGAAGCUGCUGUCUGAUGAGAGGUUUGUAUCCAUGGAAACAGACUCAGAUGAGAAACAGUUGCUUAAUCAGAUGCUGAAUGCCGUCAAAGUGACUCCUUCACUCAAUGAAGACCUGCAGGUUGAAGUGAUGAAGGUCUUGCUCUGUAUAACAUAUACCUCCACAUUUGAGCUGAAUGGGAGUUCAGUGUUGAAGAUUGCUGAGGUUUGCAUUGAGACAUAUGUAUCUAGCUGUCACCAGCGGAGCAUUAACACCGCUGUGCGGGCAACCCUCAGCCAAAUGUUGAGUGACUUGACUUUACAGUUACGACAAAAGCAAGAAAAUAUGACAAUUGAAAACCAUGACGCCUUGCAGAAAUUCAAGACUCAAGGUACUUCAGCUGAGUCGCUUUGUGAUGAUGUUGUAUCUGUCCUCACUGUGCUCUGUGAGAAGCUCCAGGCUGUCAUAAAUGACAAUCGGCAACUUCAGCUUCUUUACUUGGAGUGCAUCCUCUCCAUGUUAAACAGCUCCUCUCCGAGCAUGCACCAGCACAAAGGAUUCACUGAUCUAAUAUGGAAGCAACUGUGUCCAGCCCUAGUAGUAAUUCUGGGAAAUCCAAUCCAUGACAAAACUAUCACCUCUGCCCACAGCAGCAUCUGCCUUGAGGCUGAUUCACCUUCCUCAGGGAUCUCUGAUCAUGGCCGGGGUUCAGGUUGUUCCUCCACAGCACCUGCCCUUAGUGGGCCAGUUGCACGGACCAUAUAUUAUAUUGCAGCAGAACUGGUUCGACUGGUGGGGUCAGUGGAAUCCAUGAAGCCUGUGCUGCAGUCUCUCUAUCACCGGAUACUGCUUUACCCACCACCUCAGCACCGAGUAGAAGCCAUCAAAAUUAUGAAAGAGAUACUUGGCAGUCCUCGGCGGCUUUGUGAUUUGGCAGGGCCCUGCUCUUCUGAGUCAGAAUCCAGGAAGAGGUCUAUUUCUAAAAGGAAGUCCCAUCUGGAUCUUCUCAAGCUUAUCAUGGACGGGAUGACAGAAGCGUGCAUCAAAGGUGGUAUUGAAGCAUGUUAUGCUUCAGUGUCCUGCGUCUUUGCCCUGCUUGGAGCAUUAGAUGAGCUGAGCCAAGGGAGGGGCCUUAGUGAAGAGCAGAUCCAGCUGCUGCUCCGGCGCUUAGAAGAAUUGAAGGAUGGGACUGAGACGAGCAGGGACUCCAUGGAGAUCAAUGAUGCCGACUUUAGGUGGCAGAGGCGCAUCCUGUCCUCAGAAAAUCCUGCCUGGGAAUCAGGAAAUGAGAAGAGUCCUGAUAUUAGCAUUAGCGUUACCACAGACACUGGUCAGACCACUUUGGAAGGGGAUAUGGGACAGACAACUCCAGAGGAUAACCCAGAAAGUCAAAAAAACUCACUGCCAUCUCCAGCUGGACACGAAAGCAAAGAGAUACGUUACAGAGAACCAGAGUCAGAAACCAUCGACCAGCCAGAUGUUGUUCAGAGAAGCCACACCAUAGUCUAUCCAGAUAUAACUAACUUCUUAUCAGUUGAUUGCAAGACCCGGUCCUAUGGAUCCAGAUACAGUGAAAGUAACUUCAGUGUAGAUGACCAGGAUCUUUCUAGGACUGAGUUUGAUUCAUGUGAUCAGUAUUCCAUGGCAGCAGAGAAGGACUCAGGCAGGUCAGAUGUCUCAGACAUAGGCUCUGACAAUUGCUCCCUGGCUGACGAGGAGCAGAUGCCACGGGAUUGUCCAGGUCACAGGUCCUUACGUACUGCUGCUCUCUCUCUGAAAUUGCUGAAAAACCAAGAAGCAGACCAGCACAGUGCACGGCUGUUCAUCCAGUCACUUGAAACUCUUCUUCCUCGGCUUAUAGCUCUUCCCAGCAUAGAGGAGGUGGAUGGAGCACUGCAGAGCUUCUCUUCAACCUUCUGCUCAGGUAUGAUGCACUCACCAGGAUUUGAGGGAAGCCUAAAUUUCAGCUUCCAGACUCUGAUGAAUGCAGAUAGUCUCUACAUGGUCUCACAUUACACUCUGCUGCUCAACCUAAAAUUGGCCAACUCGGAUUACUACAGGAAGAAGCCUGCCCAAGCCCCUGUGUUGCUGAAGGAGUUCAUGAAGCAGGUCCAGUCCAGUGGAGUGUUGAUGGUAUUUUCCCAGGCCUGGGUUGAAGAACUGUACCACCAGGUACUAGAAAGGAACAUGCUGGGGGAAGCUGGAUACUGGGGAAGCCCUGAAGAGCACAGCCUUCCACUUAUCACCAUGCUGACCGACAUCGAUGGCUUGGGAAGCAGUGCAAUUGGUGGCCAAUUGAUGGCAUCUGCUUCAGCUCAAUCUCCUCUUUCCCAAAACCGGAAGACAGAUGAUUCUGUUGUUGCAGGAGUUGCUUUUGCCCGAUACCUUUUAAUCGGCUGUUGGAAGAACUUGAUUGAUACUUUGUCCACACCACUGACUGGCCGCAUGGCAGGCAGCUCCAAGGGGCUGGCCUUCAUCUUGGGAGCAGAAGGAGCCAAGGAGCAGAACCAAAAGGAGAAGGACUCCAUCUGUGUGAGCCUGGAUGGACUGAGGAGGGCAGCCCGGCUGAGCUGUGCUCUAGGAGUUGCUGCUAACUGUGCAUCUGCUCUUGCCCAAAUGGCUGCUGCCUCCUGUGUCCAAGAAGAGAAAGAGGAAAAAGAAAUCCAAGAGCCCAGUGAUACUAUAGCUCAAGUGAAACAGAAAGUGGAGCAGAAACUGGAGCAGAUGGGGAAAGUGCAGGGAGUCUGCCUGCACACUGCUCAUGUUUUGUGUAUGGAUGCAGUCCUUAACGUGGGCCUGGAGAUGGGAAGCCACAAUCAGGACUGUUGGCCUCAUGUGUUCAGGGUGUGUGAGUACAUCAGCACACUGGAGCACACCCACUUCAGUGACGGUGCUUCCCAGCCCUCCCUUACCAUCACCCAGUCACAGCAGGCACCUGGAGGGCUGCACCCAGACUCUGAGCCUGGGGAGUCUCCCCAGACACUGACCCCAGAGCAAGAGACCACCCUCAGCGGCAAUCCUGUCAUUCAGCCGGUUUCUAUCCAGGAACUCAUCAAAGAGAGCAGUAAGGGCAGAGCUUUUGACUUCCGUGGAGGCAGCCUGCUCUGUGGGACCAGUGCUGCUAAGGCUGUUCUCACACUCUCCACGCAAGCUGACAGGCUCUUUGAAGAUGCUGCUGACAAGUUAAACUUGAUGGCAUUAGCAGGCUUCCUUUACCAGCUCAAGAAGGCUUCUCAGGCCCAGCUUUUCCAUUCAGUCACAGAUACAGUUGAUUACUCCCUAGCAAUGCCAGGUGAAGUAAAAUCUACCCAGGACAGGAGAAGCGCACUUCACUUGUUCCGGCUUGGUGAUGCCAUGCUCAGAAUUGUAAGGAGUAAAUCUCGCCCGUUGCUCCACCUCAUGCGCUGCUGGAGCCUGGUGGCACCUCACCUUGUAGAGGCUGCCUGUCAUAAGGAGAGACACGUGUCUCGGAAAGCUGUCUCCUUCAUCCAUGACAUCCUCACUGAAGUGCUGACAGACUGGAAUGAGCCUUCUCAUUUUCACUUUAAUGAGGCACUUUUCCGCCCCUUUGAGCGUAUUAUGCAGCUAGAGCUGUGUGAUGAGGAUGUCCAAGACCAGGUGGUCACCUCUAUAGGAGAGUUGGUGGAAAUGUGUUCUACCCAGAUCCAGUCAGGAUGGAGACCCCUGUUCAGUGCCCUGGAAACAGUGCACAGCAGCAGCAAGUCAGAGGUUAAAGAGUACCUUGUAGGAGAAUACUCUGUGGGGAAACGCCAGGCUCCGGUGUUUGAUGUCUUUGAAGCAUUUCUAAACACAGACAGCAUCCAGGUCUUUGCCAAUGCCGCCACCAGUUAUAUUAUGUGCCUUAUGAAGUUUGUCAAAGGACUGGGGGAAAUAGAUUGCAAGGAGAUGGGUGACUGUGUGCCAGGAUCAGGAUCUGCAUCUACAGACUUGUGCCUUCCCGCGCUUGAUUACCUCAGGAGAUGUUCUCAGUUGUUAGCCAAAAUCUAUAAAAUGCCCUUGAAACCCAUCUUCCUCAGUGGCCGGCUGGUUAACUUGCCUCGAAGAGUGCAGGAACAGUCAGCCAGCAGUGAGGACGGUAUUGAGUGCAUCCUUUCUGACUGUGAUGACGACACUGGCCUUAUCAAUGUCUGGAUUAUUCUGCUGGAAGAAUUAACAACUGCCAUAUCCAACUGUCCCCGUCAGCACCAGCCUCCUACUUUGGAUCUGCUCUUUGAAUUGCUGAGGGAUGUUGCCAAGACACCUGGCCCAGGAUUUGGCAUUUAUGCAGUUGUACAUCUUCUUCUUCCCACGAUGUCUCUUUGGCUCCAUCGCAGCCAUGGUGACCAUUCUUACUGGGAUGUGGCAUCUGCUAAUUUCAAGCAUGCCAUUGGCCUUUCCUGUGAACUCGUAGUGGAGCACAUUCAAAAUUUCAUACACUCAGAUAUUGGUUAUGAAAAUAUGAUCAAUACUAUGCUGAAAGAUCUUUUCAAGUUGCUGGUAGCCUGUGUAGCAGAACCAACAGAAAUUAUUUCCAGAGUUGGCUGCUCUUGUAUCAGGUAUGUGUUAGUGACCGCAGGGCCUGUUUUUACUGAAGAGAUGUGGAGGCUUGCGUGUUGUGCCCUGCAGGAUGCGUUCUCUGCCACGCUGGAGCCGGUAAAGAACCUGUUGGGCUAUUUCCACAGUGGUUCUGAAAGCUUUAGUGGAGAUGCCUGUGAAGUGAAGGUGGCAGCCCCCUCCCUCUCGCCAAGUGCUGAAGCUGAAUACUGGAGAAUCAGAGCCAUGGCACAACAGGUCUUCAUGCUGGAGACUCAGUGCUCCCCAAAGACCCCUAGCAACAAGGAAGGGUUUGAACAUGCCCAGUCGUGUGUGCUCAUCAUUGACCUGCCACCAGAUAAGAAACCAAAUGGGCAUACCCAGAGAAGUAUUCCUUUCAGGACGAUAGUGGUGAGCUUGCUGUCCCACCAAGUACUGCUCCAGAAUUUAUAUGACAUCUUACUGGAAGAAUUUGUGAAAGGCCCUUCUAACUUGGAGGAGAAAAUGACAAUACAAGUACCAGAAAACAAGUUGGCUGGUUUUCUCAGGUACAUCUCCAUGCAAAACCUGGCUGUCAUCUUUGACUUACUGCUGGACUCCUACAGAACAGCCAGAGAGUUUGACACCAGACCUGGGUUGAAGUGUUUGCUGAAAAAAGUGUCUGGCAUUAGUGGAGCUGCCAACUUGUAUCGCCAGUCAGCAAUGAGCUUCAACAUCUACUUCCAUGCUUUGGUUUGUGCAAUCCUGACAAACCAGGAGAACAUUACUGCAGAGCAAGUGAAGAAGAUCCUCUUUGAAGAUGAUGAGAGAAGCACAGACUCGUCACAGCAGUGUUCUUCAGAAGAUGAAGACAUUUUUGAAGAAACCGCCCAGGUCAGUCCCCCACGAGGGAAGGAGAAGAGACAGUGGAGGGCUCGAAUACCAUCUCUGAGUGUACAGCCUGUCAGCAAUGCGGACUGGGGAUGGCUAAUCAAGCGGCUUCAUAAGCUCUGUAUGGAACUGUGCAACAACUAUAUUCAGAUGCAUCUGGACCUGGAGAAUAAUGUAGAGGAGCCUCCAGUGUUCAAAGGCGACCCUUUCUUCGUUUUACCAUCCUUUCACUCAGAAACCUCCACCCCAUCGACAGGAGGGCAAUCUGGGAAGGACACACCAUCGGAAGAUGACCGGAGUCAAAUCAGGGACCAACUGGGAGACAGCCUGACAUCGCGAGGAGGGAGUGGAGAAAUGUUGCUGCUACCUCCACCUCUAAGUCCUAAACCAGAGAAAAAAGAGCAAACGAGGAAAAAAGAAUGGUGGGAGAGUGCUGGCAACAAGAUCUACACCAUAGCCACUGACAAAACUAUCUCCAAGCUCAUGACAGAAUACAAGAAGAGAAAGCAGCAACAGGCCAUGACAUCCUUCACCAAAGAGGUCAAAGUGGAAAAGAAAGGGGAGCUCCUGGGCUCAAGGGGGCCAGACUCACCCAUACUCCAGCGACCACAACAUCUUAUAGAUCAAGGUCAAAUGAGGCAUUCAUUCAGUGCUGGUCCAGAGAUCCUGAGACAAGAGAAGAGACCACGCUCAGGAUCCACAGUCAGUUCCCUGAAUAUAUCUGUUAGGGAUGCUGAGGCCCAGAUACAGGCAUGGACCAACAUGGUGCUGACAGUUCUCAACCAGAUUCAGGCCCUGCCAGACCAAACUUUCACAGCCCUGCAGCCAGCGGUGUUCCCCUGUAUCAGCCAGCUGACUUGCCACGUGACAGAUAUCCGUGUCCGCCAGGCAGUACGGGAAUGGCUGGGAAGAGUGGGCCGAGUCUACGAUAUCAUCAUUUAAACCUAGCUGUGCUCUGUUGCAAAGGGGAGAAGACAUCCAAGGUAUACAGCAGAGAAGUAUUUGGGGUUCAUUAAAUGCCUGUUUGUUGGUGAUAAAUUAAGAAACACUGAGCUUGUCGAUGUAUAUCCUCUAUCCGCUUGAGACUGUGUCCCCCUCACUCACACUAGCAAAGGAGGCAAAGCGUGAGUGUGUCCAGGGGGGUCUGGAAUGGCCCCAGAAUCCAGAAACUGCCAGUAAAUCAGGCUAGUACCUAAAGGGGUGAUACAUUUCAGUAGCCUUCAUUUUAAUUCAAAUUUGCAACAGUGGGAGCCGCAUGAAACUGCAGCUGAACUUCCACACUUGCAAUUAGCUGUGAACGCAGCUGUCAUCUGGAUGUCAAACCAGGCCCGUAAGCCUACAUAAAUUAAAAAAAAAAAAAAAAAAAAAAGUCAGGAAAAAGGUGGGGCUAUAGGACAAGUAAAAAAGGUGACACUUGUUUAGGGUAACUUUUUUCCCUUCUGAAAUCAGCAUGAGAGAGGAAAGGCAAAUAAAGAUUAUUGUAGUAACUAUAUGCCUCACUCACUAGAGAAAGUGGAAAUUUAUUUUGCUCUGAGAAGAGCCUUUGAAGUCUGGUCACAUUUGGGGUGGCUAAUAAGUGACCAUUAAGGUAUCCCAGGUCUAAAACUGGUGAACCAAGCACAGACUAUUCAUCCUUUCAUUGCUUUUGUGGAGUACUGCUUGAAGAGAAAUGGCACUGUCAAGCUGCCCUCUCUACACCACUACCCUGGCUGCCUCUUCAGCUAUGCUUACAGCUGAUCAUUUUUCCACGUGUCUAAUUCCCCCUAAGGGCAACAGGGAAGUUUGUUUUGCUGUUUCCAGUGAAGCUGGGGGGAAGACAGACCACAGAGCAAAUACCAGCAUGUGCCAAUAUCCAGCAUUCAACUAAACAGAGUAGAGAUAAAGUGUUCCAGUUUAAGCAACACUGCAGCUAAGUUAGCUUAUGCUUCUACUGGAAACUUACAUGUUCGCUUAUAUAGAGCUGCUGUAGCCAGGAACACCCUUAUCGCCUAUGUUAAACUUAGCCUAUCACUCCACAUUGAGCUGAAUCAAGAGGGAAAACAGUCUGAAAGGAAGGUAUCUUUCCUGUUUCUCUCCCAUUUCUUGUCUGCUGCUGUAAAUAGAAGGGGGCAGAUCCUCAUGGAGGUGCAUCCCCCUCUGUGCAGCACUCCUAUAGCGACUACUACAAUUUGCUGAUAUUAUUAAGGGGUGGGAGAAGGGGAAGGAUUGACUAUUGUAUUGUCAACUACAUAUGUGAUGCUAUUCACACUAGACACAGCAAAGGGUUACCUUGCUGCACAAAUUAUGUCACAGCCCCUGGGACAUUCCAUCGCGUACUCCCAUACUACCUAAUUUGUUGAUUAGAAGUUGAAAUAAUUUUUUGAAAAUCAGUUGAUUUUAAUCUUGGGUGACCCCUUAAUGGUGUUCUCCCAAGGCUUUUAAAAUGUGCACACCAACUAAAUAUACAGCUUCAGUCCCUGCUCCAAAGCAUCCUCAAAAUGGCAUCUCUUUGUAUCAGGCCUGGGUUUUGCACAGCUUUUAGCAUCUUAAACCUAGGAAAACAGAGGGAGCCAGGAGGCUCCACUGAACAGCCAUCACACAAGCUGAUUUGUUUACAAAGAGUCUGCCACUGUCCUCCUGCCUUUUCCCUCCAUUGCCCACUUCCCAUUUGUCACCUGCUAGACUUGUGCAGGGAGUAUUUGUCCCAUAACUUUCUGUAGUGUCAGUCACACCGUUUCCCUUUCCCUUUCUUUCAAAAUUUCCCUUUGCUAAAUCGUUUCAAGGACAUAAAAAUUCCUUAAAAACAACUCUUUCUUACCACCUACAUUGACUUUAUAAAUGAGGAAUUUAACAAUUUUAUCAAUUGUCAAUUUUCCCCCAACAGUUCUAAUACUUUGGGGACAGCUGAGAUUAGUCCUUGGUAUAUGGGAUAGUGGUGGCAUGGUUUGAUUUCUGUUGCCAUGUCUUUCUUACACAUCAUUAGGUAGAGUAAAAGGAUGGUUAUAUUUUUUGAAGUUUUUAUUGGGCAUUUAUACAGAACUGCUUUUAAAGCAGUACAUUAAUUAGGCAACAAUGGAAAUCAGUAUAAUAAACUGUAUGCAAAACACCCAACUCUACUGUUUUUCAUUAUAUAUGCAUUGAAUGGAUGCAGAUCCAAUCUAAAACUAAAGCAAAUCCCUAAAUUAUGCUGGAGAAGUAAGAUUGAUAGCAGUACCAACGGAAUCACUCAGGACUCCAGAAGAGGGCCUAGUAUCUCGGAAACACUGUGGUUAUGUGUUGUGGUUGCAAUAGAAAAAUCCUUCUGUAAAACAGAAGGAAAAGCUCUGGGACUGACAAUACCACCACCCGCACCACUCCCCUGAAGCCCAUGAACACAGCAUAGCCUAGUGUUAUUUGAUUAGCCACCAUCUUGACCCAAAAUACCAUUUCGUUUCAACUUUUUACGCUACAAAUACCGUACUGGAAAUGACUAGGAGUAGAUUUGCUGUAUUGCUGUUGCCCUAUUUUAAACUUUGCCCUCCAAAUUAUGCACUAAGUGCCCAUUGUCACCCUCAGUGCCUCUGUGCAUUAACACCCCUCCAUAAGAGGUCAUGAGUAACUUUAAGUAAUUCCAAAAAUGUAAUUUAAAAGGAUGGGGGUGGGGGUAAAGGAAUCUUUGAAGCAGCAGGCUUUACAUAAGCAAAGUUUAGCAUAUGCUGCUCUUCCUUUUCCUUGUAUGUAAAAUGGUAAGCACGUGAGGAGAGCAGGCCAUGGCCACUUCAGGAACCAUUAAUCUGAGAUGCAGAAGCUUUCUGAUGCACCUCCAAAAUAUAUAUAAAUAAAAGUUGAGUUGGUUCAUCAGAUUCUCAGCUAUUUUUUUGCUAGUUUAGCCGUAGACAUCAGCAAGCCCCAAAGAAGUAACGACACUAAACAUGUGAAGUCACCACUUCAUAGACCUGUGCAGUCUGUUUCAUGCAUACUUUGGGCUUAAGGCUGCCAGCGUCCUACCUUCAGGCCUCACAAAGCAAGCUCUUAGCCCAAAGGAGGAGUCUGCCAGAACAGUCCCAGGAGACGGGUACUGCCACCAGCCUGUCCUAAGCUUCAGAAGGGGACUCCCCAACUCUGAACACCCCAAUCAUGUCCAGCUGUACCACGCUACAGCAGCUUUUCUGCUUUCCACUUGUGAGUGGGGAAGCACCUCAGCCAGUAGCACAAAGUAGCCCUUGUAUCCACACAUGUAAGUCUUUCUCACACAACCCAUUCAAAUGCUUACUUAUAGCCCCAUAACGUAAUGCAUGAGCUAACAGCAGCACAUUACCAGCUUUACUAUUGAAUCAGAACAUCUGAGCCUUGAAAAACCAGUCUGUGUAUUGUAGCUGGAGCUUGCUCUUUCUCUUUGCUCUGGUUAAUGACCACAUUCUUCUCUUUUCUUGCACUUACUUACUUUUUUUGUCACAUAAAUUCUGUAGGAGUGGGGUUUGAUUUUUGUUGAACUGCUGGCCAGUUAUUUUUAUUUAACUGAACUGCUUAAAAAAAAAAAAAGGGUGUGACGGUUUGGCAUCCUUCUCAGGUACCACAGCUGCACCUCUGUUGCCUUUGCCUAGUUCACACCACCCUCCUCAGGGCCACCACAGCAAUCAGAGGCAACGACAUCUCAUUUUAAAAUCUUGCAGGCAGCCACUAACAGAGAAAGUUGCUGUUGGCCAGCAUCAACUACCUUUACUCACAUGGAAUAGCUCGUCACCAUGCAAAUAUUUAAAGCUGAAAAAAAGCAGCAUACUCAUCAGGGAAGUGCUACUUUUCUUGUAUAACAAGAGCAGGGUCUGACCCCAAUUGAUACGGUUUCAGGCCACUGCAUAUGUUUGCACUUUAUUCUGUAGGGUGAAUAUAUGCAGAUAUAUGAGAUGAUUGAUGUGUUUAUGUAUAGAUUCCUGUAGCUCCAGUCACUGUCAUACUCAGAGCAUACUGCAUAUUUACAGACCAAUAUCCACAUUAGUAGUAUGUUUAUCAUGCUCUCUGAAUAUUUGCGUCACAUCAGCAAAGGUGGACACAGUUGUUCCGGUAACUUCCCCACAGUAGUCUCUUCUGAGCGCUCAGCAGCCAUAGAAUUACCACCCCUAUCUCUUGGUUAACAUGCUUUCAUGUCUUUAAGAUAUUAAGAUACAGAUUUAAUACUCUCCUAGGGAUAAACACUCACUUGAGAAUAACUGACUUAAUUUAGCAUCUAGAAAGACUUAUUAGUGAAAGGUUUACAUAGACCUGGGCAAAACUUUCCUUGUAAAACUCCAAGCACAGGCAACACAGCUUUUGCCUCAUCACAGAUAAAAAAAUUCAUGUCCUCUGGACUAUAGCUGGCUCAUGUCAAGGCCAAGCAGAGUCUACACCCAUGACUUGUAAGGUACUUUGCCUUCCAAUUUGAGCUUCAAGUUUUGUUUGAAACCUAAACCUUACUGGAAAAUUCACUGACAAAUCCUCACCUGCCGAAGAUAUAACCCCCACCUCUAAAUACCUUGUGUUACCAUAUGUAAUCUCCAUCUGCACUUGAUACAGUGGCAUCUCAGUGUUGGUAUCUCCACUGCAGAGCUUGGCGCAGCACCAGUAUGAAACCAAGUGGCAAACGAGUUAGCAAGUAGAGAGGUCCAGCUCCGUGUGCUGCCUGCACUUUGUACCUCUCUCCACAGCUUAGGCCCACACUCAGAGUGCCUGAGCUGUUGAAAUCAAUGUGAGUUACGGACCUGGAUAUCUUUAAUACUCAGGACUCAGUCCUUGAAUCCUUCAAUCCCUGCAUACAGGUUCACAAGUUCUCAGGAAAGGGAAAGUCCUGUACAGUUCCUGAUGUCACCCUCUCUGCUGCUGGCCGCUAUACACCUCCUGCUUAAAAAAUCGACAAGAACCAGCACGUAUUCCCACACAUCCCAGCGCCCCAAAACUAGAACCUUCACUUUUGCACAGAUCCAGUUUUGACAUGUAGGAGGCUGACCAUAGCAAGCCAAAGUAAUUUAUUUCUACCUAGCUCUUCUGUGUAGAAGCUUGUUUAGAAAUUGAGCAUGUGGUUUGGCUAUUUUCACCUUUAGCAAUCCAUUCUAGAAAUGCCAUUACUCAGUGAUAAAUAGUUUUUAAUUCACCAAAAAAAAAAAGUUAAGUCCUUUCUUCCCUCACCCUUGCUUUUGUAGGGGUGUGAUAAGUUUAAGUUUAAGCAAGCUAUUUACUCGUUACUCUGGUUAUAGUCAUUUCUGGGAAGAUCUAUGUAUAGUGCUAAUCAUGGCAUAUGACACGAAAUACAGUUAGGUUUUUUUCCUUUUCUGAUCAUUCCACAAUUGUUUGAAGAAAUGAUGCAAUACCAUUAAAAAAAAAAAGUUCCUCUUCUUUUUCAGUAUAAAAGGACCAAGUUACCAUAGCACAGAAGCACAAAUGUUGGAUUUUAUGCACUGUAGAUAACAGCAUCCAGCAGCUAGAGAUCCCUCUUCACUGAACUUCCCUUUUUGAGUAGAGCUUCUCUAGGGAUACAACGUAAGGGUCUCUUAGCAGCCCUCACCAGCAACGCAUCUGGGACUCCAGGAAGUUGUACAGCUGCAAGGAAGAAGUCAUAGCUCCUCUUUCUGUUGUUUCCACUAAUCCCCCUCAGAACACAUCCUUCAUAUGUGACACUAACUGUAUCAUAUCGUACAGCUUUGGCCAAACAUGGGGGGCUGGCUAUUUAAAAAGAAAAAAAUAUAGAAGCAUGUGGCAUAAGUAUGCAUCAGUCUUUCCACUUAGUGCUCAGAGGUCUCCAAGCUAAGAACUAAAAGCAGAGGGAAGAAGAAAUGCCCUAAUUCUGUGGCUGUUGGUAGAGCUACACUGUAUGAUCCUGGAUUAAUGCAAUAACGAGCUCGCCUGUGGGACCAGAUCCCUCAAAUCCUCUUUAUUUUUGGCAAAUUUGCGAGUUGAGGUUUGCAUAGUCUCCACUGCCACAUUGAAUGGGGGAACUGAGUUUAUGGAGGGCAAUUCUGUUAAGAAACAUGGCAACAGGAUGUAGUUCAAUCCUUUUACCCCAACGUCCCCCUUUUCAAAAGGUAGUUAUGUAAUUCCAUACAUUUCAUCUAAAUACCAUGGAGCACCGAAGCCCCAUUUCCUAUCCAUGCAUUUGGUUCAUCUGGGCCGCAGUGAAGUGCUAUGCUUCCAACAAGAAGCAAGCUGAAACGAGAGAGCUGAGCUAGCGGAGAGGCACAGGUACACAGGUUGAAGCAAGGGACAGAUAACCACCUCCCCAAGCAGGCUGUGGCUCCUGAGUCCCCUGCUCCGCAGAGGAAAGCAGGAUUUGAUGCCAAAGGGAGAACAGCCAGGAAGGGCAGAGCACCGUGGCGACAGAGCCCUGUACUGCACGUUGUUUGCUGGAGCAGAUGGGAGCAAGAGAUUGAAAAGUAUGCAAUGACAGCAGCAAGCACCUUCUUUCAGUUCCCCUCACUUUCUCUCCCCCAUCCCUUUUUUGUCGUUAUUUGUGAGACGGCAAACAUACUUCCAUGGGCCCUUCAACCAGAACUGAAAACUGAAAGCAAGCCAAAGGGAGUGGACGCUCCAUUUUGCCAAAGAUCUAAUCCUUUCCUGUUCAAAAAUGAAAAAAAAUCAAAUUUUAUUUCCAUGAUGAUGGCUGCCAUAGGAAGCAUUUUACCACAAAACAUGAUUCCCAGGACUUCAUCUCUCUAGCUGUAUAUUCAGGAGGAGCCACUAAUACUUUUUAAGAGAGACUGUAAAUCGCCUUGCCAAGCGAGUGCUUACAUUGGGUUUACCUUCUACUGAGCUCAUACCUAGCUGCAAUUCCCUGGUCUCAUCCAUCUUUCCUCCCCCUACCCUUCUGCUCUUUAGAAAAACACCUCCCCGUGUCCACCGCGUCCUGUUGUGCUGCUAGCGUUGUUUGGUCCUUGGGUGUCCAGUGGUCGGGCAGUCACUGUCAGCUGGCUUGCAAAUUGUAUUUUGUGUAUAUUUUAUUCUGACUGAAUUCUGAAAUGGAACUAUUUUAAAACAAAAAUUAUAAACUAUUUAUGUUGCUUGUGUUGUAGAAUAAAGAAGCAAAUGCAAAAUAAA